AAGAAAUUAUUCUGUGAAUUAUCAAAGACUUUAAUAUUGUGUUACUUGUUUAUAUAUUAAUUUUAUAGGAUAUUAUUAAUUUAUCACAUAAGGUGGUUUAAGUAAACUUCUUUAACUUUGAGAAGCUGAGGUUGUUUUGGAAAUUAAUCACAACAGAAUAAUUGGGGUUUAGUAUAAACAUUGGUCCUACGUGAUGUUCAUCAGAUGUGUUUAGUAAAUUUGUCUGCUCGCCUGAUUACACUGACACACGUGCGUGCAAAAGUGAAUUCAGACCUUCCUGUUGAUCCUUUGUGAGCAGUAGGAGUUAGUUCGUUGAGCGCUCAGCACAACCAUUGUUGUAUUUGUAGUAAUAGACGACCCGAUACUAUUACCAAACAUUUAUUGAUAGCUAAUUUGGACAAAACGGAACUUGUAUUGAAGUAACGUUGUAAAGUUUACUAUGGAUUUACGACUGACUAUUCUCCUAUGUUUUUUUGUAAUCGUAGUCGCGUCGGCUCUUCCCUCGGAUCGUAGGGAAGUGUUUCGUUCGAGGCGGGAUGUGAUGGACACCAUGAGGAACGCGUGGAGCGAGGUCGUGAAGACACUGUCGGACGCUGGUGACGCGGUCGUGCAUGUAUUCAAGCCGACGGAGAAGAGCGUCAUUGACAAAAUAACAGACGGAGGCCGAGGCACCGAGAAUGGAGACGUAAAUGAUGGAAAUCCAGUAUGUGAAAUACAAAAUCAGAGAAGACUUUUUCAUCGUCAACGUGUCGCCGUUCUAGUGCUGGGUUAAUCACCACACUGAAUGAAGACGUUUCCCCACGACAUUUUCCUGCCUAAAUAAACUUAGAAAGUACCUAUACAUCA